CAUUUCUUUACAUUUCACAACAUUUUCAUACAACUGACUGAAUAGAUAGCUAAGCUAGAGAGAGAAAAUAGUAGAGAGAGAAAAUACGGCGAUGGCGGAAAAAGCUCCAAACAACACUGACAAUAGCAACAGCGAUUCAGAAUUCGGAAACGAUGAAAACCCUAACCCUAAUUCCUCUAGUAAUAAUGCUCUAGCUGUCAAUGGAUUCCCUUCUUCUUCUUUGGUCUGCCUCGUCAAGUUUGCCGGCGAUACUGCUACUGGUGCUGUAAUGGGCGCAAUCUUCGGCUAUGGUGUUGGAUUGUACAAGAAGCAAGGCUUCAAGGGUGCUUUCACAGAAUCAGCUGCUAGUGCUAAGACAUUUGCAGCAUUGUCUGGGGUUCAUGGUUUGGUGGUAUGUCUCUUGAAGAGGAUAAGAGGGAAGGAUGAUGUCAUUAAUUCAGGGGUGGCUGGCUGCUGCACUGGUCUUGCUGUAACUUAUCCAGGUGCUCCUGGAGCUCUGUUGCAGAGCUGCCUUAUGUUUGGGGGAUUUGCCGUAGCCAUGGAAGUCUUAAACAAAAAGCAACCAGCUAUGGCACAUUCCUACAACACCCGUAGUAGUUCGAAUGCAAUUCCUCCAUUGGCUUUUCCACUUUCUGAUGAAUUGAAGGGACCAUUCUUGUCCUUCUGUCAAUCACUGAGUAAAUCAAAGAAGGGCAAUCACCCUUUUGCAGCAUAAAUCAAAGAAGAUGCAUAUGUUGCCUUUUUUCCUUACUAGGUGUAUGUUCUUGAGAUGUUAUUAUGAAGCUCCAUAUAUAUAAAUCGGGAUCAUGUUUUGCAACCUCUUCUUCAUCGUUCUUACUCAUUACUUUAGAUGUAGUUAGCUUAUUCAUUUACUCUUUUUUGCCCCCUUGAGUAAUUGAAGGAUUUUAGCUUUUUUGAGUUGAGCAAA